AUGACAGGACCGUGUAUCCAGAUAAAACAUGGCUUCAUCACCGAGCAAGAGGCAUUGGACACCGACACCGAUAUCAUUCCCAAACUUCACCAAGAACGAGAAUCUAACAAGUUCCGACAGAAACUGCAGUCAUCCUCAUCCCACAUUCGAGAAUUAGUCUCACGUCAUCUACACAUACCAGAAUCUGAUUUUUUCCUCGACGAGCCGUCUGCCUGGAUUGAAGGAGCCUUCAAUAUCUGUCUGGGCAUCGAGCUCAAUAGAGAACGUUUUCCUCAUCUUCCACAAACAGCACUCAUUCGCUUCCCUUUGCCUUUCAACAUUGGCGAGGACUUCGCGCCAGGAGCAAUGGAUGAGAAGCUUCGUUACGAGGCUGCUACUUAUAUUUGGAUGCGAGAGAAUUGUCCCAAUAUCCCCUUACCUCGCCUUCUUGGGAUGGGCUUUCCAGGGUCUCAGACUGAUACGACAUACACCUCAGCAGAUUCUUUCGUCCAUGAUACUCUUAGCUAUCAAGAUCAACGCAUGACUUAUCAAAUGAAUUCUAUUCUGAGUAUGGAUGAUGGCGUCUACCAGCUUACAGCUUUGGUUGAUCUGCGAGCUCUUCUACCUCACUUCUUCAACAAAGAGUCCCGCAACGGCCCAUUCAUUCUUUCUCUGCCUGAUCUACAUGCAAGCAAUAUCUUUGUCGAUGCUGACUGGAAUAUCACAAGCAUCAUCGACCUGGAUUUUGCCCCUGUUGUCCCAGUACAAAUGGUACACGUGCCGUAUUGGCUCACAAAUCAAGGUGUCGAUCAAAUUCGCGGCCCUGAACUAGAGAUCUACAAGCAACAAUACGACGAUUUUGUCGACAUCCUGGAACAAGAAGAGAACAGAAUAGCACGAGACCACUCUUACAGCCAACGACUACGACAAGAGUGGGAAACAGGCAGAUUGUGGUAUGUGAUGGCUCUGAGCUCUACGAAUGCCUUCCCUAGCAUAUUCGAACAACAUCUGCAACCGAGAUUCUUCGAAGAAGAUUUCGAGACUCACGUUCAGGGCAAACCGCUUCCGCGGCUUUGGUGUGAGGAUGUUGACUCGUUCAUUGCCAAAAAGUUGGAGGAUUAUGAAGUUUACCAGGACAAUGUUCGCAGCAUUUUUGCUGCGGCCAAGGCUGAACAUGAUGCAAGCCAAAAAGACAGAGAAGAGAACAAAGUCAACCAAGAAGAGAAGCGAGAAGAAGAAGAGACAAGCCCAAAGGAAGAGGGAGUGGAAAUAUCAGUCGAUGCACAGUCUAAUGUAGGGCAAGAUUUGAUAGAACUAUUGUAG